AUGGCCGAGUCGGAUGGAAGCAGCGAUUCCUUCUCCCGCGGAGUUCGGCUCUGUCGCAGCCGCCUCUCGCUACCGUCCGCCUCUCGCAACGGCUCGCAGCGCAGGCAGCGGCGGCUCUCGGGAAGCCUCGGCCGCCCGCCCGCCUCCGAGAAAGGAGACGAGGAGGACGAAGAGGAAGAGGAGGACGAGGACGACGGAGAGGAGCCGGAGAGCGAGAGGCCGCGGCCGCCGGAGAGCUCCGAAGGCGGCGGCGAUGAGCGCAGCAGGAGGAUGAUCCGCAACCAGUACCGAGAGCUCAUCUGCAGCGUGCAGCAAAAUCGUGAGGAUAUGCUGAGUUCCAAAAGCAACAGGCUGACAGAAGCUUUGGAGGAAGCCAAUCAACUAUUCAGUGGAGUUUCCCGCGCACGAGAAGCUGCACUGGAUGCCCAAUUUCUUGUCUUGGCAUCAAAUCUAGGAAAGGAGAAAGCCAAUGAGUUGCGCUCAGAGAUCACAACGUUUGAUUCACUAACAUUUGCAGAAGAUUUACUGACAUUCAUGGGUAUAAAUCGCACAGAAACAGAGGGAAACGAUAGCGAUUCUGAGAACAUGUCAGGUGGCUAUUUACCUAGUAAUGCCUGGUAUAAGCUGGGAGAAGAAGCAGAAAAGUACUUCAGGAGAGCACCUUCUUUUCAUUACAUGUUGGGGUCUUUCAAGUCUGAACCUCCGAUGCCCAGGCAACGGAUUGAGAGGCAGAGAAAGGCUCCAGGAGGGGAAGGAAAACGGGCAAUGCCUGCUCAGUUAAAAAAAAUGGAGGAGUCUCAUCAGGAAGCUACAGCGAAAGAAGUGGAAAGGAUCUUGAGAUUGUUACAGACUCAUUUUAAAAAUGAUCCUGGUACUCCUAUUUUCUUCUUUGAUCUUGUGGUUGAUCCGAACUCCUUUGCACGCACUGUGGAAAACAUCUUCCAUGUGUCCUUCAUAGUAAGGGAUGGUUUAGCAAGAUUAAGGCUGGAUGAUGACAAAUUGCCAGUAAUAGAGCCUGUACAGAAUGUUGAAGAAAGAAAUGAUGACCACAGUGCUCAAGCACGGAACCAAGUUAUCAUUUCCCUGAGCCAUGAAGAAUGGAGGGAAAUUGUAGAAACAUAUGAAAUAACAGAACCUAUGAUCAGCCCUCCUGAUAGCUUUGAAGAUGAAAUGGAGACAGCUUAAUUGUUCAGGUGCCUUAAAGAAAGAUACUUCAAAAUGUAUUCUUCAAUUAAGAUUUUAUCUUAAUAUUGUAUAUAUUGUAAUAUUAAAUUUAUUUUUAUUCAAACA